GUUCCUCGUGCACCGCUGCUGCCUCGAUGCGCUCGCUCUGCCGGAUGCUGCCCCUCACGCCACGCACGUUGCCUGUCCUUGACGCCGUACCACCGCCGCUGUAGGGCUGACCGACCGACACACCUCCUCCUUCACUUGCCCCAUUCGGCGCGGAUAGACUUUGGGCGCGGCAUUGGCACGAGCAACCACAGACGACCCGAUACGAGCGGCGACACACCACCAUCGAUGCCACCGGCCAGGACCGACAAGGCCGUCCAGGAACGCAGAGACAAGCUCGCCAACUCCUACCAGUCGCUUCUGAGCGAGUUCUCCGCCUCCGACCUCCACAGCGUAGGCAACUACACCCUCGGACGCCUGAUCGGCAAGGGCAGCUUCGGCAAAGUCUACCUCGCCCAGCACAAGCUCACCAAUGGCUCCAAAGUCGUGCUCAAGAGCGCGAAGAAGGAUGACGCCAACCUCGCGCGCGAGAUCCACCAUCACCGACAGUUCCUCCACCCGCACAUUGCUCGACUGUACGAGGUCAUCGUGACCGAGACAUUAGUAUGGCUCGUCCUGGAGUAUUGUCCCGGCGACGAGCUGUACAACUACCUGCUCAAUCAUGGACGCAUGGAGCCGGCGAAGGUGCAGAAGAUAUUCACGCAGCUCGUUGGUGCGGUGAACUAUGUGCACAUGAAGGGUUGCGUCCACCGAGACCUGAAGCUGGAAAACAUCCUCCUGGACAAACAUCAAAAUGUUAAGCUGGUCGAUUUCGGCUUCACACGAGAAUACCAAGGAUCGACAAGUUACCUGCAGACGUGGUGCGGGACAGUCUGCUACAGUGCGCCGGAAAUGCUCAAGGGGGAGAAAUAUGCUGGGGAGAAAGUCGAUGUCUGGAGUUUGGGAAUAAUUCUCUACGCCCUGCUGUGCGGGGAAUUGCCGUUUGAUGACGAUAAUGAUAAUGUGACGAAAGGGAGAAUCUUGAAGGAGGAUCCCGAGUACCCGGAACACAUGCCUGAAGGGGCCAAGGACUUGAUCAAGAAGCUGCUAUCGAAGCGACCGCUUUUGAGGCCAAGCCUGGGCGACAUCCUGCGCGAUCCAUGGCUUGCCGAACACGCUCCGCAACAGCAAGAGAUCUUGAAACUGCAGCAACCGCCGCCGUUCUCAACACAGUUGGAGAAAGACGUGCUGCAGCGCAUGAGAAGCGCUGGUGUGGAUAUCGAUAUGGUGAUUGAGAAUGUUCUUUCUCAGCGCUGCGAUUCGUUGGCUGGCUGGUGGGCUCUGCUGCUAGAGAAGGAGCAGCGAAAGGAGAAGAGGAGAGAACGCAAACGGAAGGAACGCGAAGCUGAAGCAAAAUCAAUACGAAGGCUGAGCGCUGCUAGUGGCAGACUUCUCGCACAGAGUGCUCUCCUUGGGGAGAUACACGAAGGCGAAGAAAAUGCUCUGCUGGACUCUCCACGUUCACGAGGCCGGCGAAAGGAGCGCACCAAUGGUAAUGCCUUGCAGGCACCUGAUUUGCCCAAAGUGACCGAGACGAAAUCACCCACACCGGGAUCCGGCCCCAACUCGAGACCGCAUACAGCCUCGGAUAACAGCCGAUCACGUAGUAGACCGCGACCGCCACCCAAGGACUAUGGAGCAUCACUUCGGACACAUCGCACAGCAUCGAGAGGGAGUCAGAGUAUGUUGCGAGUCGUGACUAACAAUCCAGACUUGCUCAGUCCUUCAUACGUGCCGCCGACAGAACGGAAGAACAAAAUAUACGCUGCGCCCCUCCGACAACAACUUGCGUGGGUCAAGCACCUAUUUAAAGGAGAAGCAUUCAAACGAGGCAAAUCCCCAAACGAAGGAGAUAAGAACAAUCAGGCUAAUGGAAAGAUCGCACCGAUUGGUAAGACCACUCAGGAGAAAGGCGAUCUCCGUGAAUUGCAUCGUGUGGCAACUGGCCCAGCAACGGCGCGCAGGAAAAGCAUUGGACAUGGACGACCAGAAUUGCGAAACAGUCAGACGUAUCAAACUCGACCCAGGAUCAACACUGCCUCUUCGACCGGCAGUGGUGCAAGCGCGAGGGGAAAAAGGACGAGCUUGAGCCCACAUACCUUGACGCCACACUCAUCCUACCGCAGAUCGUCUGCUGGUCUUCGUGGUCGCAAAUCGACGUCCUCGUCAGUGUCAUCAAUACGCAGCACUUACAAGCCGAAACACCAACAUUCACAUUCGAAAGCCUCGAGCACUUCCAGCGCCUCCAUUGCAUCCCCUUCAGGACUAUCAUCAGCAUCUGGCUCGCGACUCGGCAGAUCACCGCAUAGCUCUGUCAAAGUGCUGCCUUCUACACCCACUGCCAGCAUUCCAUCCGGUAUGCGCUUCUCUCGGAGACCGCCUCCCUCGGAUAUGUCACUUCUCACGACCAGUUUCCCCGAAGCUCGCAACGCUUUUGGAAGCAUACCCGCACCUUCUUCGCCUGGCCUGCCGAAGUUCGCCAGACGGAAACGCUCUGUCUUCAAGGGUCCUAUGCAUGGUCAUGGUGGUUCGUCACCUGCAGGAGGGCGUACGCCGGUGAGCACUAGCCGAAGUGGCUCCGUCUCUGGAACCGGGCGACCUAGUGUGGAGAUGGCUAUGCCUGGACUUACGGAAGAAGACGAGGAAGAAGAGGAGGAGGUUGAUGAAGAUGGCGAAUUCGAAGAAGAUGAGGAUCAAAGAGCCUUGAGAUUGCAAUUUGGUCCCGAAAUCAACAGUGCCGUUGGUGGAGGGCCCUUUACAGACGAUGGAGCGGCCACGACAACGAAUCCUGGAGACACAAAUACGAAUGUGGGCGAGUUCCUGGAACCGAUAAGUCCGCUGAGUCCUCUUCCGGGCGACGACUUGGAUGACAAGACUCUGGGCGCAGGCCUCGGCGUGAAGAUUGAAGGCGAUAAUAAUGACAGUGAGAGCAGAGGGAGUCCGCAGCCGCUCACUGCUGAAGCGCUGGCGAAGCUGGCGAGUGAAGAAGACGAGAAGCGAAGGGUUGCGAUGAAGGAUAAACUUGAAAUGGAGGGUCUACGAUCCAGUACGGAUGCUAACCUGGAGGGCGAGGAUGGUGUAGGCGAGAAGAAGGAAAAGCCAAAAGAGAAGGGAAAAGAGGUGGCGGGCGUUGGUGGUGUGUAAUUUGACGCGAGCGUGGGUUUCCUUUCCCCUUCUUUUGUUGCGGCUCUGUUGUAUGAUGAGCUAGCUUCUGUGCUUUUCUCUUUUCGGGUCGGAGCAAGCAAGCGAGCAUGGAUCGAUGGGAUGGAUGGACGGCAUAAGAUGUACUUUUUCUUUUCUUUUUCCGACUACCCCUUUGUUUUGGCCAUUUCGUAUCACUGCUACUAGAAACAUAUCUCUUUAGUGGGUGGCAGCAUGUUGUAUGAUAUAGCAUCGGAAGGAC